AUGGACGAGCUGUCGCCCUUCCUCGCGCACGAGCGUGCCGAUGUCCGCGCGCAGGCCGCCGAGGCGGUCGCCGCCUACUCAUCCACCGACGACGGCGUCGCCGCGCUCGUCGCCGCUGCGGAUGCUCUCCUCCCCGGGCUGGUCUCGCUGCUGGGCCGUGCCGAGGCAGAGGCCGCGGGCCACGCCGCCGCCGCCCUCGUCAACAUCUGCUCGUCGGCCGACGGCUCAGCGGCCGCGGUCGGCGCAGGCGUAUUCGAGGCGGCGGUCGCGCAGCUCGACUCGGGCUCGGCGGAGGUCCGCGAGCGGUGCACGAUGCUCCUCGCAAACCUGACGAACCCGAGCCUCGUCGACGCCACCCACCUGCUGCGCGGCGGCAGCCUCGACUCGCUCCUCGCCGCGAUCUUCACCGCGAGCGCCACCGAGCGGCCCUCGGAGGGCGGAGUCUCCGAGGCGGCCGCACACCACUGCUGCCGCGCCCGUGCCACGCGCAUAAAAAGAAUUCCCCUCGCGGGACGGAGUGACAGCUGCCUGGUCGCACAGGCGCCGGCGACGCUGGAGCACCUCGUGUCCGCCCUCUGCCACGUCGCCUCCACCGACUCAGGACGAGGUGAGCUGUGA